CGGGACGAGGACAGGGGAGGAGUGGGAGCGGGUGGUGCUGAUGCGAACUGCCGUGGAGUGGCCUCAGGUUUCGGAUGGCACAUGCGGAUGCCAUAUAGGAUCUAGCCCCGCGGAACGGUUUCGACCUCCAAACUCGUCCCGUCGGGGUGAAAUCCGCGGGGACCCAACCUGCCCACUGCCAUCCGCGGCGCCACUCGCAGCCGCAGGCGGGGAGCCGGGGAUCGUAAUCAAAGCAGAUGCGGUCACGUGUAAGCGAUUGGCGCAACGGACAAGCAAAUCCGGGCCGUCAAUGGGGUCGGCCGAGCGAGCAGACGCCGCGGCGAAAACGCCAGCCAUGCGAAAUCCCCAGCGCCGCUCCCCGCCACAAACCCGCGCCCACGCUGUCGCCUCGGCCUCCCUCCAGUGUCACAGCGACCACCGCCUGCUCGACCACUCACCGCCGCCGCGAACACGCGUCCAAGGCGGGCCAGCAUGCCGGCGCCGCGGAGGUCGCACCUCGACUUCGCCGACGUCUUCGGCGGCCCGCCCCGCCGCUCGUCGGGGAACGAGCACCGUUCGCGGCGCGGCUCGCUGGACAGCUCGUCGUUCGGCUCCGCGCCUAGAACGCGGAGCGGGGGAGCGGAGACGCCCGUGUUCGGGGACAGAGGGAGCUCCGACCGGAGGAGGCAGCUCGGGGAGGAGUUCUACAAGGACAUAUUCCCCGGGAGCGAGGCGGCAUCGCCCAGGCGGGGUGGCGGCGCCGAGGAUUGGGGGGACGUGUUCGGCGGACCGGCGUCGCCUGGCUCCACAACCCGCCCGCGAUCGAGCUUCUCCAUGAAGCUCAACAGAGGCACGGACAGUUCGAUGCCUACUUCUCCCUCCCGGCAAACAUCCAACAAAAAUGAUGAUGUAACAUCAUAUGCUUACAGCGUUCCAACUUCACCGAAUUCACAAAUGAACAACUAUCUAGCCCAAGGGUCACCCCAACAAGAUUCCAGGAAGAAUCCCUUUUCAUAGCAUCGCUAUCCAUUCCUAUCUAGGUUUCGUUCUCAAAGUGGAGAAAAGAAAAGCACCUCUAAUUAUGUCAGCUCUAUGGACAGUGAAUGUGAAGGAACUCCUGUUAGUUUGGAAAGUAUCAUGGCCAAUAACAAGUUCCAUUUUUCAUUCUACAAGUGGGCCGGCAAAGGAGUCAUAUUAGUAUUGCCAGCUAUCACGCAAGAAAAGGCUGGAGAUAUUAUUGGACUGAAAAGCUUUCCUCAAGUGGUGGUGCAAGGCAUUGACCUAAUUGACGAGGAAGACGGCAUGCCGACUGCCACUGGAGCAUCAAAGAGUCAGACAGACUAUGAGGAUUCCAAAUCUGGAAAACAUAGUACAAACUCAACAACCAAGGAAGGAGUUGUUCCUUUAUUCUUUGAUGACUAUAUGCAAGGUGAUAAUGCCGAAGAAGCAGGAAUGAAACAUAGCACUGAUUAUACAAAGAAUGAUGCUUCAUUAGCUAGCCCAAGCACUAAAAGUUCUCGAUCACCUUCAGGAGAGAAAAGUCGUGGUAGCAGGGUAAAGGGGAAAGUGAAGGAUUUCAUGAAACUAUUUAGCCCUGAGGGUUCACCAAAGUGCAAAGGAACACCAGAAAUGCAGGACCAGACAUCCACUGAGAAAAAUGGAAGCAAACGUGAACUGCAAGAUAAGUUUAGCAUAUUCAGUUCGGUGGCCAAUGAGGAUGUGAAAACAGCCCAAAUGAACAAUCAGAAUGCAUUUAUCACAGCACCUUAUCCAAUGAGUGAAGUUAAAGAGAGGAUGGACAAACCAGUCCUGAUAGCGAAUAGUAAAAUGGAAACAAAAAGGGAUACAACUUCAGGAAGAAAUGAAGCUGUUUCUAAUGAGUCAACCCGUGGUGAUACAAAAGGCAAAGUGGACAACACAAUAGAUCAUGGGGAAAGACAUGUUGAAGAUCUUGAUGGAUGUGUGGUUGAGCAUUUAUCUGAAGAUCCCGUUCUUCAUAAUGAUCAGGAAAAAGAGCAAAUAAAGAUAGCUGAAUCCAAAAUUCGUGAAUGGUCAAGGGGAAAAGAAGGAAAUAUUAGGUCAUUGCUUUCUACACUACAAUAUGUCCUAUGGCCUCAGAGUGGAUGGAAACCGAUUCCUCUUGUUGAUAUCAUCGAAGGAGCAGCAGUCAAGAAAGCUUACCAGAAAGCACUAUUAUGCCUUCAUCCAGAUAAGUUGCAGCAACGAGGAGCUGCCAUGCAUCAGAAGUAUAUAGCAGAGAAGGUUUUUGACAUUCUACAGGAAUCAUGGAAGGAAUUCAAUUCAGUCACUUUUGGAUAACAUUAGUAGCUUAAUUUAUCAUUGCAUUGGCCCUAUGCUCUAUCAUACCGAUACGGUGCUUCCCACUCCCAGUGUCCGAUAGGCUUGGUUCCAUGAUUUUUUUUUACAGGUAUAUUGCCGGCCUAACCAGCAACACAACUAAUCACACAUUCGUCGUUUCGAACUUUCGAUGCAUCGGAACAAAACUUUAAAGCCUGGCAAUCACAUCACAAUA